GUGGACAUCUCACCUCAAAGCAUUUGUCUGUUCCGUCUGAUACACUCAACUCAUUUUUCUGUUGUUUUAGACAUGUCUAAUUUCGUCCGGCGGGGAUCUUCUGGUCGCGUGAAUGCUUCGAGGCUUUAUGCAUUUAAUCAAACCCUCAAAAAAGAUGCCUUGCGAGAGCGUUCCUAUUGGGAAGUAAGUAAAGACAGUCAUCCAAUUAAUCGCUGGAGCUACCGCCGAUGGAAGAAUCGGAAGGAGGAACUGAGUGUGUUUGAAGAUAAGCUUGAAAAGGUACCGAUUGACCAAAAGUUCAAGAUGAAGAAGCUACUUACAGUAGUAAAUAUUUCAGUUUUAGGUCCAAUUGUUUUAGGUGUAUACUUUUUGUUUUGUUAUUUGCGCUAUUACGGGUGGGGGAUCACUCCUGCCGAUGGCGCCAGCGCAAUCGCUCGCGGUAUCCAGAACCUCCCGCGUCCUCCUGGUUAUUAGUAGGCAAGGAAAGGGGGAUUAGCCAUGGAAAAAAAAUCAAA